CAUGUGACAUUAUCCAUGUAUCCACAGAAGGGAAAUGUCUUCAUUGUGGACUACAAAAUCAUGGAGGCUCUGCCAACAACAAUUAUGGCUGGUAAACCUGUUCCUUUGACAGCUGCCCUGUGCCUGCUUUACUUGACUCCUGCCAAGAAACUAAUGCCCAUUGCAAUUCAGCUCGGCCAGAUACCCUCCAAGGACAAACCUAUUUUCCUUCCCAGUGAUUCUGAGGUGGACUGGCUGCUGGCCAAGCUGUACGUGAGGCAUGUCGACACCCUCCAUGGCGAGUUUGUCAGCCAUUUGCACAACACUCAUUUAACAGCGGAGGUUUUUGCCAUGGCGACCCUUCGCAACCUGCCGAAGAUUCACCCUCUGUACAAGCUGCUGAUACCCUUUAUGUCAACACAAUGGCCCGUGCUACUCUUUACGGUCCUGGGAGAAACCUUGAUAAUAUGGACAGGUGGUGCUGAUGAGAAGGGCCCAGUUGACCUACGAUUCACUUUGCCCUCAUGA